AUGAUUUCGUGUACAUAUACAAUAUCCCUUUUGUUAUGGCCUCCAUGGAUAGUUUUAUGGCCAUAUAUGGAAGGCCGUUUUAUUGUUGAAGAAAGUUCUCUAUGUGUUGUUCAGUUUUUGGUAUUGGGUGAUACUAGAACUUGGCAAAAUCAAUUAGCAACCUUGUUUACUUCUGCUGCCGCCUUUUACAUUCCAGUAACGCUAAUGAUUGUUCUCUACUAUAAAGUUUAUUUGGAAACACGCAGACGCCGCAAGGAGUUGAGGAAAUUACAGGCUGGACAACAACAACUUUUUCCAUCCUCUUCCAAAUUGGCAAACACCCCAGCACUUCAAUCCUUGCUACUUCCAUUAGCUCCAUUGAUUCGAGGUCUACAACCACCCCCAACAACUUCCCUAUCAGAAAUAUCAACUUUAAUUCCCAACAACAAUUUAAAUUCUUCAUUAAAAUCACACACAUCAACAAAAAUUAAUUUUUUGGAUAUUUUAAUUGGGAAUAAUAAACAACAAUCAGCAAAUUUAUAUAAUGAUGGAAAUUGUGUUAAAAAAAAACGAGAACGCUUCUCCCUUCUAAAAUUCUGUACAGGACGUAAUGUGACUACCCAAUCCUCUUCUGAAUGUAUAUCCACAGAAGAUUCUGUUGGCGUGUUGGGAGGGGAUGAUGGGGGGAUUGGAGGGGAAGAAGAAGAAACUUGUGGAUUGACUACUUCAAAUUUAGAUUCUAUUAUGGCAGAACAAACAGCUAUUGAAUUGGCUAAUAAUUCUUGUGGGGAUGGAGGAGAGUUUAGACAACACGAAAAUUGGGAAAGUAUAAUUGUUGCAAAAGCAGCAGAACGUAGAGAAGCUUUAAUUGAAGAGGAAAGAAAGAAAAGUCAACAACUUUUACAAUUUCAAUACCCUAAAGGAAGUUCUUCAACAAUACCCGUUGGAAGUUUUAGAAGUAUUGGAAGUGGAAAAAUGCCUAUAGUGGAGUUGGAAAGGACUUCACGUCCAUCUUCUGUUCAUACUUACAAUUCCAUUGUAAUAAUUGAAUAUCCAGAAGGAAAUGAAGGAAAUAAUAAGGGUGGGGGAGUAAUAACAAGUCAACGACCCUCUGUCCGUCUCUCAUCUCAAGCAGAAGUAGAGUCCCUAAGUACUCGAAAUUCUGUAGAACGCAAAUUUGUUGAGAAGGAAGACUUGAAAGAAAUGAAGGAAUCUCCAAGUUUGGAAGAACAACGUCGUCUAAGACUUGUAAAGAGCGCCCCUGGGGGAAGGGGAGGAUCUCUUCGUUUAAAUAAUAAUAACAAUAAUUUUUCUUCAUCAUUUACUCAACAACAACAACCUAAUGGUGUUUUAAUGCGUAAAAGUGAAAUACAAAUGAUUAGGGAAGAACAGAUGAGACAAAGCGAAAAAGAGCGUCGUCGAAAUGAAAGAAAACAAGAAAGUAAGGCAGCCAAAACACUUUCCGCUAUCCUUUGUGCCUUUAUUAUUACCUGUACUCCUUAUCAUGUUAUAGUCUGUCUGGAAGCUUUUUAUCCCAAUUCUGUGCCUAUUUCGUUAUUUACUAUUAGCUAUUUUCUUUCAUACAUAAAUUCAACAAUCAAUCCACUAUGUUAUGCUUUAUGUAAUGCUCGUUUUCGAAUGACUUAUAUGAGAAUAAUUAAUUGUAAAUGGUGGGGGAAUAGAAGGAGGCACAGCAGUAAUUUAAAUACUUCAACACCUGCAGCUACAGCCGCUUUUUUACAUCAUCAUAGACAAAUGAGGGAAAGUAGAAGACGGGGAUUACUUAAAGGAAGGCAAAGAACUAAGUAG